GCGCAUUUGGCUCUUCUUAGCACAGCUAUAGUGUGUGUGUGUGUGUGUGUGAGAGUGAAUGAUGUUAUGCUCAGGAGAGCAGCGGAUGUGGACCAAUUUAUUUCAGGAGUAUGGUUAGAUCGGAGACUUAGACGGUGCGGACAAGACGUGCAUGCGGCGGCUCUGGAAUUCUCGGAUUAUGUCAGUUUGCAAUUGGAGGGAAUUGGAGCGACCUGGAGCGAUGACGCGUGGUCGGCGUCUGGCGUCGCAGCUGGUUCAAGGAAGCUUUUCAUUGUCAAAUGGUGUUCGUUCAUCUCACAGCAGGGGUUCCGGGUCCUAUAUUUCGACUGGUGAACUCCUGCGUAGUGAAGCUAGACACAUGUGUGAACACGACGUUGGAAUUAGGACCAGGCUGGUUGGACGUAGAGCAUCGCAUAGGAAUGAAGGCAAUUUUUUGAAUCGGAUUCCGAAUUUAAUGAGCUACUGUGAUGAUGGUGUAAGAGUGAUGGAUAUUUCUAAUAAGCAUCGCUACUUAGACUAUUCAAAUCGUCAAUGGUUUGAGUUUCAAAAACGUGCCAUGAGUUCCUCGGAACAAGCAGUGAAGACUUCUGAUAACCAGGAGGUGAAGACAGCCGAUGUUUCUCAAUCUAAUGAUUCUGUCGGCCUGAAGCAGCCACCAUUGAGCCAACCACUUGAAGGGACUUUGAUGCCUACAUCAGAGGAAGAAGAGAUGAUUGCUCCUAUUCUUUCAAGGCCGGACCUCCUGGUAACUCGCAAUGUAGAGUGGGCCAAUCUUGCGCUUGGGUUUGAGCAGCAAAAUAAAUAUCUCAUUGUGGAUCCUCGGGAGCCUGAAGUACCCGUGGGAUAUAUCGUUGAAAAGAGCAACGUGUUACUACGACAGGUAAUGAGGACCAGGCGACCUUUUGUUGUAUCCUUGCUGAAUGCCAACGGUGAAGAAGUCUGCCAGGUGCGAAGACCGGCGUUCCUCAUAAAUAGCUCCAUAUUUGUGGAGGUCAAUGGCAAAGUUAUCGGUGAAUGUCACAGAAGAUGGCAUCUUUGGAAGCGUAUAUAUGAUGUCUACAUAGGAAACAAGCAGUUUGCGACAGUGGAGAAUCCUGGUUUUUGGAAUUGGAAUUUCACUCUGAUGGAUGAUAGAGGAGGAGUGCUUGCAGAAAUUGACCGAUCUUGGCGUGGUUUUGGCUAUGAGUUUCUGACUGAUGCUGGACAAUACGUGAUUAGGUUUGGGGAUGUCUUGCCCAAAGCAAGUAUUCAGCAUGCCACUCCAGUGUCGGUUGAGGCAGUAGACAGGAAGCCGUUUCUGCUAACCAAGAGUGAGAAAACAGGUGCUGCAGAAAUGCAAGAGUUGCGACAAGCUGCUGAUCAGGUUGAUGCGUUAGAAGUGGUCAGACCUCUGAGUUUGACAGAGAGAGCAGUAGCUUUAGCAUUGGCCGUUUCUCUCGACAACGACUAUUUUUCAAGACACAGCCAGACUGGUGUUGGAAUGCCUAUGCCAAUUCCUUUCUACACCUCUGAAUCAGCUGCCACUGAAGACUCCCACCCUGAAUCAUCAAAUGCUGGAAGUGAGACAGGGCAUGAAGUCUUUCCCAGUGAAGGUUAUCAAGGUUCACAUGAUAGUAACACAGGACGAGAAGGAGGAACACCAGAUGGCACUAAAGAUGAGAUGUUAGCGGACGAUCCUUUCUUCGGCAUGUUUGAUGAGCCAGAGAGCGGGGGUCAGAUCAACGAUGACCAAUUUUUUGACGAUACACCUGAUUCUGGUGAUAGCUGGGGAUCGAGCGACUGGGGAAUAGGUGAUUCCGAGAGCUAGGAGGCAACAGGAAGUGCACUUUAUCAACGGUGAGGCGUACUAGCUUCCAAUCUAGGAUGGAUUAGGCAGAGGUAAGAUUCCAAUUUUGAAGAACAUGGGUUGUAUUUAGAGACUUGUAGGAUGAACGAGAUUACGGUGUAGGAAUAUUCAGAUACCCCAAACUCUGCAGCAGAAUGACAGAGUAUGUCUGAGAAUUGGGUUUUGUUAUGUCUGAUUAUUCCAGCAAUCAUUUUUGUAAGUUAUGUCGUUGCGCUCUUUGCCUUCCAUGAAGUA